CAGGCUGGAGUUAACAUGGCCUCUGCAGAAGAAAAGAAUGAAACACAGAAAACAAAGUGUUUAUUGUAAAUUUCCUGGCAUUUCCUUCGGCGCAGUAAAUGAAAAACACAUUUCCAGACUGAGUUUGUGUUUGUCCUGCUGAUCAACAAUCUGAAUAUCUGGUCACAUGACUCCCCUGUUCUCUUCCACUUCCUGUCAGCUCGUCUGUAGCUUAUCAUGUGAGUGGACUGUCGAGUCAUAAGGCGAUGGCAGCAGAACGGCUCAUCGAAAUGCUCUCGGUUGGAGGAGAUGUGCUGGUUUUCCAGCGCAAGAGUUUAAGCUCAAAAAGCCGAGAUCAUCGUAAAGGCUCGGAGGUUUCGUUCUGCAGUCUGUCCUUCAACCGAGACUCGCAGAGCUUCUCCAUUAGAGACCGUAAAAUACAGCCGAUGCACAGGGACAGCUCUGCCGAGACGGACCUCGUUCACUGCGCUUCUGCUGUGGAUGUGCAACAGAGACAAAAAGUGCCGUGUGUUCUACUGAAACUGUGCAAGAAGAGGACGUCUGCGUUCAAAUACAUGCUUUACUCCGUAUGCACUUCCACCGAGCGAAAGCUUCACGUUGAGUUUGCGUUGCCAUACGAGAUGAGAGAGAAUAUUUCAAUACUGCAGGGCCCCACGUUGGUUUGGAGUCACGAAAACUCUGUUUUUUAUGCAUCCUCACGGACCGGCGGUGUGAAGGAAGUACCAGUUCCCAUGACUGUCAAGUUUAUUGGUGAACUUCCUCUUCAUCAGAGAAAACUAGUGAUUUAUGGCACCCGAAGUGAUGUGGAAAACAUACUGUAUUUCAUAGAAGAAGAAGAAGAACCCUGUAAGGCUGCAUGUCUUGUACCGGACGCUUACAGCGCUGUGAUCCAGUGCAUGAUGGUUUUCUCCGCUGAAGAAGUCGGCGGCUCUCUUAAAUCAGCUGUUCUGGCGGCCACAAGUAUGAAACAGCUGGUUUGUUUUGAGAACGGUCUUCCUCGGGAUGUUUGCCUUCUUCCUUACGAGCAACCGCUCAAUAUUCGGCUGGUUCACACUCUGAAGAAUGACUGCCUCGUCGUCGUAACCUUCAGUCAGGGUAACGUCUGCGCUGUGUGGAAAGACACUUUCCAGGUGGUGUCGUGUUGGACAGGAGUGCGUCUGCUGCUCGUCGAUGAUUUCGUGGGAUGCGGGACGGAUCAGAUGCUGCUCGUGUUCGAGGAGCAGGAUUCAUCUGGAGAGCUGCUCAGCAGCUUCCUGCUCACGGAUCUGUGCGGCAUCACUUAUUCUACGGGUGACGUCCUGAACACAUCAGACGCAGCGCAGGAGAACUACCUCCUCACAGUUCAAGCUUUAGAAUCCAGACUGCAGAGCGGCAUGAACUUCCUUGAAGACCUUCAGAGAGACGUGGAGGUCAAAGACAGACUCAUACUGCAGUCAUUAGUGGCCUUAACUGACCUGAUAUCCGGCAGAGAACAUGUGAUAUUACCUCCAGAACAGGAAGGGCUUGUUUCUCUGUGGGAUGAUGCUGGAGAAGAUGAUGCUGGAGAUGAAGAGCUUGACGUUAUGGAUGACGGGAUGCAGACUGAAUGUGCUGAAGCUCUUCUGAACGUGGACAGAGUCUGGCAGAGAGUCAUUGGACAGAGUUUGAUCGUCGGUGUCGUUCUGAGACCCACAAAUAACACGUCUGUAAUGAAUAUUAGCGCUUCGAUCGUCGUGGAUUCUUGUCAAACUGGAGCCGCUCCCGUUAUGAACACUAGGAUCCUACGGUUUCCGGCGUCUGUCGCUCACGGCCCGCCUGCUGCGAAGAAGAUCAAACGCUCUGAUUGUUCUGCUGACGGCGACAGCACCGUAUCAAGACUUGCCCUUGUCGCCAUCACCGACGUGGCUCCUUUAUUAACCUCAGGCUGCAUCAAAUGUCCCAUCAUGCUCCAUUAUAGCACCAAAGAAUCAUCCGGAUCCCCUCCUGGAGAUUGUGCUCGGGUUUCUCACUACUGCGGGCAAAUCUCAGUGGAUCUAAAAGAUAUUUCCACGGGGAAGCUUCAUCCACGACUGUUACAGGACAGCAAACUCAACACAGAGGAGGCCAGAGAAGACCUGCUCAGUCUGGUGGCGGUGUUGGACGUGUGGUUUUUCCUCGUGGAGUGUUCGGAUCACACGCUGGCGGACGUUCAGGGCUGGCUGCAGGAGUCGCUGCGAGUGGAGCGGCUGGACGUCGAUCCACGGUUCGCCGCAGACCCGUCUGACAUCAGGCUCUUCCGCUGGGAGCAGAAAUCGCAGUUUCAGGCCGUGUUGAGCGUCCUGUGCAGGGACGACCUGCGUUUGCUGCAGUUCCUGCACUCGCUGUGUGACUUCCUGCCUGCGUCGCAUCACAUCGAGCUGCUGGCGAGCCCGAGGUCACGCGGAGCCGCUCCAGAUCUGGCUCAGACUCUAGAGACAGAGAUACGCACUAUAAUGCAGGACGUGUCGUCCGUGCUCCAGUGUGGGGAGGGAGAAAUGACGGGGCAGGAGGAAUCGGACACCUCCUUAGAGCCGCUCCAGAGACUGAGGGAGGAGUGGCAGAGGGAACGGGGGCGGUACAACAAGAGGCUCCGCCCCCUGGUGGAUGGCACAGCCUAUAGCAGACUCGUGGAGCGGCUGAUUGACACGCAGCUGGACACUGAUGAAGUCGCUCUGAUGGAAGCGUCUCGUCUCUAGGAAGGAAAUGAAAUUUCAGCUCGGCAUCCUUCCACCUCGAUCCAAAUCCAUGCUGAAUGAUUAACAGGCCCGGAGAGUGUCCAUGAGCUUCUGCUGGGAGAUUCUGCCGGAGUCUCCAUGCCUCUUAAGAUUCUCCGGGGCUUCACGGCUCUAAUACUUCUGUGACAUUUCCACAGGAAACACUUAAGCUGCCCUCAGUGGUGAAGCAGCACGGUACGACCCAGUCAGUCAC